ACUACACCUUCUUCACUCUUAAAAAUUAAAUUCUCUAAUUAGUUCUCAUUCUUUUUAAUCAAUGGAGUGCAGUGAAGGACCUACUGCUGCUAUUUCUUUCAAUUCAUCUUCUCCGCCUCCGAAUUCUAAUUCUCCUUCACCUUCUUCAUCUCCGCCUCCAGCUCCGGCGCCGGUGCCGGUGGUGAUUAGUCCUUGUGCUGCUUGUAAAAUUUUACGGCGGAGAUGCGCCGAUAAAUGUGUUUUGGCGCCUUAUUUUCCCCCUACUGAACCGGCGAAAUUCACCAUUGCUCAUCGCGUGUUUGGCGCUAGCAAUAUCAUUAAGUUCUUGCAGGAACUGCCAGAAUCUCAAAGAGCAGACGCAGUGAGCAGCAUGGUUUACGAAGCAAGUGCAAGAAUUAGAGACCCGGUUUACGGGUGUGCUGGUGCAAUUUGCCAUCUCCAAAAGCAAGUUAAUGAGCUUCAAGCACAAUUAGCUAAAUCACACGCUGAAGUUGUUAAUUUGCAAUUGCAACAUGCUAAUCUCAUUUCCUUAAUUUACAUGGAAAUGUCUCAAUCUCCUCAUCAACGAUCAUCUGAACAAUCAUCCGAACAAUCCGUCGACAAUUUCAUUAGCACACCGCAAAGCUACCAAAGUAACCCUAAUUGCUUUAUUGAUGAAAACAAUUUGGGAUCGAUGUGGGAGCCUCUUUGGACAUAGUUAAUUGAUGAUAAUUAAUCAUGUUAUUAGUUACUUUUAUAAUUAACUAAAAAUAAUUAGCAGUGUUUUAAAAAGAUUAAUGUACCAAUGAAGUUCUCCUAACUCAAAAAGGUAAAAACAUGAGAAGGAGAUAUCUAAGGUCAAUAUUAUUUCAUUUUAAUAAAUUUUGAUUUUUAACUUGAUUUAUAUAGAAGCAUAGAGUAUUUAGUAGCGUGUUUUUGAAUUUAAUUGUGAGAUGAAAUUAAAAUAUUUAA